AUUGGCGAGGCGAUGCAACUAGUCACUAACCUGUGAUUGGCUGAGGCGCACAGUGUGCGGAGAUGUUGUGGAAGUGAUGUAAUAGUGUCAGGAUGCCGCUGUCAUGGCCGGUGCUGGGCAAACAUAUGGCACCUGCGGCACGGAGGAAGUACCCGGAGCUGCGCGGGAUACAGGUGUAAUUAUCCCUGAAGGAUUUCUACAUUGUCUCUAAGGAUCGGCUUCUUUAUUUGAAUUAACAGCAUCUUUCUAGCAGCAGCUAUGGAGGAGGAUGUCAAGUUAGGGGAAGUAACUGACGCUGUCACAUUGCCUAAGUUAGACCGUAAUAUUUCAGUGAGCGAGUUCUCGUGUCACUGCUGCUAUGACAUUCUACUAAAUCCCACCACACUAAACUGUGGGCACAGUUUUUGCCGGCACUGCCUGGCUUUGUGGUGGAUGUCCUCAAAAAAAACAGAGUGUCCUGAGUGCAGAGAUAAAUGGGAAGGAUUCCCUAAGGUCAACAUAUUGCUUCGAGAUGUUAUUGAAAAGCUGUUCCCAGAUACAAUCCAACAAAAAUAUGAGGACAUUGAACAAAACAAUGAGAUCAAACAAAGUCUGCAGGCUUUCCAAAAAUAUGGUAAUGAGCAGAAUCAGGUUUUGUCCGGUGAAAGAAGAGUCAAUGCUCAGAGAGGAGGUGGAUUCUUCUCCGGUGUUCUGACUGCUUUGACAGCUGUUGCUGUUGUCCUAUUAGUUUAUCACUGGAGCAGUAGGGAAUCCGAGCACGACCUCUUGGUGCAUAAACCUGUUGCCAAAUGGACGCCUGAAGAGGUUAUCCUGUGGCUAGAGCAGUUGGGUCCCUGGGCCUCCCAUUAUAAAGAGCGCUUUUUGUCAGAGAGAGUUAAUGGCAGGCUCCUGCUCACUCUAGUGGAGGAAGAAUUCUCCAAAGACCCUUACAGCAUAGAAAACAACAGUCACAGAAAGGCCAUAAUCAUGGAACUGGACCGGGUAAAAAUGCUGGGUGUGAAACCUCCCCAAAAUCUGUGGGAAUAUAAGGCUGUGAACCCUGGGAAAUCUCUGUUCCUUCUGUACGCGCUGAAGAGCUCUCCGCGGCUCAGUAUGCUGUAUUUGUAUCUGUUUGAUUACACAGAGACAUUUUUACCCUUCAUUCACACAACUUGCCCAUUACAAGAAGAGCAUGAAGAGGAAAAUAUUAUUGCCAAAUUCCUAGCCUCAAUAGUGAUUAGUGCUGUGACUGGCAGUGAUGAUGUGGCGGACUUGCAAGACCCUACGUGGAAGCAGUGGAGGGAGUUUCUAGUGAAGUACCUUUUCCUACCAUAUCAGCUCAUCGCAGAGUUUGCCUGGGACUGGCUAGAGGUGCAUUACUGGACCUCACGAUUCAUUAUUGUCAACGCUAUGCUGCUCUCGGUCCUCGAAUUAUUCUCAUUUUGGAGAUUAUGGUCUCGGAGGGAGCUGAAGAACCUUCCCAGAUUAAUGUGGGGUCAUUUUUGGAAGAUGUCAACCCAAGGACUUUUUGUCGCCAUCUUUUGGCCGAUUAUCCCUCAGUUUGUCUGCAAUUGCUUGUUUUACUGGGCUUUGUAUUUUAACCCAAUCAUCAACAUUGAUCUUGUGGUAAAAGAAAUUCGGAGACUGGAAACACAAGUGAUGUAAAAAGCCACAAGCCCCUCUGGACAACAGUAAUUUAAACCCCAAAACAAUUCCCUUUUUAUACGGACUGGUGGGAUUUACAUACUUUGGUUUUAAGUAGUGUCAAGAAUUCGCUUCUGUAUGAAGAUCUGCACUUCCGAACUUGACUUUUGUUAUGGGAUUAUGCACCAAAAUUGAAUAUAUUUCUAAGGUUUUUUUCAUUUCCUUAACCAUGAUUUGUCAUCUCACAAGAUUUUGUGUGUUUUCAGUUAAAUACCUUUCAUUUUUUCAAAUCUUCAUGCAGAAAUGAUGUAGUAUGAAUUGUUCACGUGUGCAACCUACCUGCUUUGUCCACUGCAAUACUCCCGGCAGACGGCAAUUGAUAACAACGUCUGAUCUUUAUACAAAAGUCUCUGACAGCCACUGUGUCUGAGGUUAGCGGUAAAUAUAUCUACAUGCAAUGGUUUCAUCUACUUUUUCUUCUCUCAAGAAAGUUGAAAACCGACCUUGUGGACAGUCCAGGAUACCUCACUACCAAGUGAUUCUCAGUCUUUCAUACCCACAAUGCUAUACACAGAGACUCCUUUUAUGUCAAUGAAAAUUGAGAAAAAUGCUAAUUUAUUUCUUUAACAUACCUACUGCACUAAUAAUUUAGAUAUGCUAGUCGUGCGCGCAGAACGUGUGAACUUUUUUUUUUUUUCACAGAACUAGUAAUGAAAAAUGUUGUGAUCCCUGAUACCUAAUUAUGUUGUAAUUUUUUUGUUGCCUUAUUUAUUUUAUUUUAGUAAUUCUACAUCUACAAGAUCUCUCACAGUAAAAAAGUAA